AUGUUCAUGUCCCGUAUUAGGGCAGUGCCGCGCAUCCUUAAGCGCCACACCGCGUUCAUUGGGCCCGGUCUCGUCGCGGCAGUCGCGUAUGUCGAUCCAGGUAACUGGGCGACCGACCUCGAAGCCGGCGCGCGCUGGGGAUACAAGCUCCUUUUCAUCGUCUUCCUCGCUGGUCUUGCCGCAAUAUGCCUCCAGGUUAUGAGUGUGCGCCUGGGUGCGGUCACGUCCAAGAGCCUGCCGCGGAAUACCCGCGAACUCAUCCUCAGCUGGGAGGCUCGCUGGCCACAGCACCGCCGCUGGUUCCGUGCCCUUCUCUACAGCCUCUGGGUCAUCGCUGAGAUUGCCAUCAUUGCCACGGAUCUGGCGGAGCUGAUUGGAUCUGCUAUUGCUCUCAACCUCCUCUUUCCCAAGCUGCCCCUCUUCGCCGGUGUGCUCAUCACCGCCGUUGAUGUCAUGAUCGUCCUCAUCUUCUUCCGCUCCGACUCGGGGCGGCAGGGCAUGCUUCUCUUCGAGAUUGUGAUUGUCACGCUCGUCCUCGCCGUGUUCAUUAGCUUUAUGAUCCUCCUCGACAUGGUCAAGCCUGUGUGGCGCGACGUUUUCCACGGCCUCGUCCCGUCCAAGACCCUCUUCUCGCCAGGCGCGCUGUACGUCGGUAUCGGUAUCAUCGGCGCGACUGUAAUGCCGCACGCACUGUUCCUUGGUUCCGCACUGGCUGGUGUAGACCGACUUAAUAUGCUCCCGCGUCCACCUAAGCGGAGGCGCGAGCCCAUCAACAACCGCCUUCCAGCGCUUAACCCGGCGGCCGCCAUCCGCCGCCGCCUCCGUGUCCAGCGGCAGGACACCGACCCCGAGAUUCCCCUCGAACCAGUCGAAGGUCAUGAACCCACGGCUGCUUCCACCUCGGCGGCUCCCUCGGCUGCUCCCUCUCCACUUGUUAUUGCCAAGAGCACGGAUAAGGACGAUGAGUACGAGGCCAAGAUGGAGGAGUACGAGAAGGAGAUCCGCAAGUUUGACCGGAUCAGAUGGGUCAAGCUGCACGUGGGACACGCUAGUAUCGACACUGGCGCCUCGCUCCUCGGUUUUGCGUUGACCAUCAACUCGGCGAUCCUGACAUUGGCCGGAGCGACGUUCUUCUACGGUGACACGGGGGCGAGCGCCGACCAGGCCGACAUCAACGGUGCACACAAGCUCGUGUCCGAGUACGUGGGCAACGCGGCAGGAAUCAUCUUUGCGCUGGCUCUCCUAUGUGCGGGACAAAGCGCGAGUAUCACCGCCACGCUGGCUGGUCAGAUCGUGUCAGAGGGCUUCCUCGAGUGGAAGAUUAGCCCGAUGUUGCGCCGCCUCAUCACCCGCCUGAUUGGUGUCGUGCCGGCUGCCAUUGUCGCGUCAUCUGUUGGAAACAAGGGGUUGAACACGAUGCUCGUCGCCUCGCAGGUCAUCCUCUGCCUUGUGCUGCCGACCGUCACUAUCCCCCUCGUCUACUUGUGCUCCCGGAAGGACAUCAUGGCCGUCGAGGGGCCAGUCGACGAGGACCCAGGCCCGUGCAACUCGAAUGAUGAUGAGGGCACCAACAAGGCUGAGGCCGAGGAGUGCGACAUCGCUGACUGCGGCAACUGCGACGCUGGCCCCUGUCCGCGUCCCGUGUCUCCGUCCUCGCUCUUGCCCUGCCACUCGGCACCCCAUUCGCGCGCGCCCACACCCCCAGCGGUAGAGGAAGAACUUGCACCGGGCCGUCGGCGUGAAUACUUCACCUCACCCAAGUGGUACUCUGGCCUCGGGUGGGUUCUUAACGGCGUCCUCAUCCUCGCGAACGGGUACGUCAUCGUGACACUGGCGAUGGGGCAGUCGUAG